AGGACAAUGAAGUCUGCUUGAUGCCUUGGAGAACAGCGGUUGUUGCAUUUACUGAAGUAGUGCAUCUUACAUACACACCACUGCCCGGAUAGAUGUAAAAGAGAUUGUAUUGCUUGUGUUCAUUUUGCCUGCUUUGCUGAACUGGGAUUAUAUUAUUUUUGACUGGACACUGCAUUAAAACAGUAAUUGGAUAUAACUGGGAGAAAUGAGGGAGACUAGCCCUAACCUGACCUGGAAGCUGAAAGUGCUGGUAUUUGGGAUCUGCUUGCUGACCGUGCUAAACUCGGCCGGUCUACUCGUAGUGUUCGUCCGUCAGUCGCGGCUGGCCUUUCUUCUCGCCGAGCUGGACGAGCAGUUGGAGGAGCUGUCGGAGACUUCGGUGGUGGAGUUUGUGUCCGAGGUGGCUCGCAAUCCGGAGCUGCGGGAGGAGCGGUUCCAGUAUUCCCGGAACAAGCGUAGCCAUGAGCGUCACCACCCCCCGGAGCUCCACCGGGAGGAGCAGGGCGACAUGAUGAUGAUGAUGACCUACUCCAUGGUUCCCGUCAAAGUCUUAGUAGACCUCUGUAACAGCACAAAAGGGGCUUGCCUAACAGGACCUCCUGGACUUCCUGGCUUGCCGGGUUUGGAUGGAAUUCCAGGCUACAAUGGAACAGAUGGAAUCCCAGGACUAAAAGGGGACCCCGGCAGUGAGGGGAAAAGGGGGAGACGAGGUGAGAAAGGGGAUCCUGGAGAAAAAGGAGAGACAGGAGAUCAGGGUCCUCCAGGGCAGAAAGGAGAGCCCUCCAAUGACAUAAUUUCUGAAGGUCCACCAGGCCCAGUGGGUCCUCCGGGUGUUCCAGGUCCCGUCGGUCCCCCUGGUCCUCCAGGGCUCCCAGGACCCCCCAGGAACAGGAGCCACAGGGCGACCCUGCACUCAGCCCAGAAGACUGUGGUUUCAGGGCUGUCAAACUCCGUGCCAAAUGAUGACACCUUAGAUAUAAAAGUGGCUGGGCACAUGAGAGAGCAGCAUUUCAAGAAAGCUGAAUGCAUCAUCAAAUCUGUGACCAGUGCUAGAAAUGUGGCCAAAAUGGCGUUCACGUUUGGAACAUGGAUGCCAGACACGGCUCUACCAGACGACGGGCGUAUUUGGGUGGCGGAGCACUUCUUAGGUGGCGAUAUGAAGGAAUAUGAAGAUAUCGCAUCGUUCCAGAACAGCAGCAGCAGCCAAAUCCACAUCAAGAAAUACUUCCAAGGCUGUGGCCACAUUGUACACAAUGGCUCCAUCUACUUCCACAUUGCAGGGACUUUCAAAGUUGGCAAGUUUGAGCUCCAAAAUAAGAAAUUGCACACCCUGGCAAUUGACAAUGCCCUGUACCACAACCGGACCUAUCUCUUCAACAACUCAAAGACCUACUUCAAACUAGCAGUGGACGAAAAUGGACUGUGGCUCGUAUUUGCUUCAAGGAUGGAUGAAAACAUAAUGGUGGCUCACCUGGAUGCAAAGACCUUUUCCGUCAUUAGUUACAUCAACACCACCUUCCCCAGAACGAAAGCGGGAAACGCGUUCAUUGCCUGUGGAGUGCUUUACGUCACGGACACGAAAGAUGCUAAAGUAACAUAUGCCUUUGAUUUGCUGAAAAUGAAAGCGGUCAGUGUGAGUUUUGACCUGAGAUCACCAAGCGGUGUGCUGGCCAUGCUGUCCUAUAUUCCUAAGAGCCGCCAUCUGUACGCCUGGGACAGCAGCUAUGUAAAGAUAUAUAAUGUGCAUUUCUGGUCUGAUGAAUGAAUCUGGCCACCAGGUUAACAUUUCGUUCAAAUUGCUUUACAGUUGUGGGUAAGAGAAGGUAUUGCCCAAGUUUUUAUUAAUGAGGCCCCAGGUCUCAAUUACGCUGAACCCAGUGGGAAAAUGUAAAUAAUUUAUCUCCAAAAACAGGACAUUUUCCGCCUAAACUUCCUGACAAUGAAACAAGAUGUCUUCUACCAUCGUUGAAAAAUAAAAGCAUGGAACCAAAACAACUUAAUGAAAUAAAAAUAAUUUAUUGAACUUACAAAGGUAAAACUUUGACGACGAUGGAACUACCUGCUCUUCCAGAGACUUGCAGACAUUUUGUUCACCUCUCACAUUGACACAGCAUCAUAUUCUUUAGAUAAAUACACAACACAGACAUUGAGAAGGACUGAACAGGUACACACAGAUAGCAGACGUGGCUCCAACCAGUUCUGACAAACACAAAUCUGUUUAAUGAACACAGUACAUUUAACCAAAGUACAACUAAUUCAGUUGGUAUGAUACAAACCAAAAAAUAAAGAGAAAGCUUUUAUGUUUGUACAAGCUGUUGUGGUACUUUAUAUUUAUAUUUAUAUAUAGAUGUAUUAAAACUAUUUCAAACUAUUUACUACUUGGCUAAAUAAAGCCAGACAUUCAUUUGUAACAGUUUCCUCUUUAAUAGCAUUUGUAUAUUUAAAUAAAGUUUUAUA